AUGCCGACAGGAUCGGUCAGACUAAACAGCAUCAAAAAGCUGGGCCAAGAAAACCCUGGCUACGACACGUCGGAUGAAGACCAGACCGGUUCCUAUAUGACAGUGGCCGUCUCUAAACAGGAUGAGAAAGCGAAGGGCAAGAAGGAUCAGCCGGCAAUCAGGGUUGGCUUCUUUCAGCUGUUCCGCUUUGCCAGCUGUAAGGACGUCCUGAUGAUGAUCAUGGGCAGUGUGUGCGCGGCGCUGCACGGUUCGGCCCAGCCUCUCAUGCUGCUGGUGUUCGGCCUCCUCACCGACACCUUCAUCGACUACGACAUCGAGCUAAACGAGCUCAGGGACGACAGAAAGGAGUGCGUGAACAACACCAUCCAGUGGAAGAGGAACUACACCGCGCCGUUUGACCAGCUAACACCGGGCAACCAGUCGGGGUGGGACUUUGUGAACGACUCGCGAUGGGAGAUGCUCAAACCCUUGGAGGGCAGGCCAUGCGGGCUUCUGGAUAUCGAGUAUGAGAUGACCAACUUCGCCUACUACUAUGUCGGCAUUGGGCUGUCGGUGUUCGUGUUGGGAUACUUCCAGAUCUCUCUGUGGGUGACAUCGGCGGCCAGACAGAUCCAGCUCAUCAGGAAACUGUACUUCAGCAAGGUGAUGAGGAUGGAGAUCGGAUGGUUCGACUGCAACUCGGUCGGGGAGCUCAACACCCGCAUGUCAGAUGAUAUCAACAAGGUCAAUGAUGCCAUCGCAGACCAAGUUAGCAUCUUCAUCCAGCGCUUCACCACCUUUGUGUGCGGUUUUUGCAUGGGCUUUGUGAAAGGAUGGAAGCUCACCCUCAUAAUCAUCGCAGCUAGUCCGCUGAUCGGUGUUGGAGCCGGUCUGAUGGCUCUGUUUGUGGCGAAGCUAACAGGAAUGGAGCUACAGGCGUAUGCUAAGGCCGGAGCCGUGGCUGAUGAGGUCCUCUCUUCCAUCAGGACUGUGGCUGCCUUUGGUGGAGAGAAGAAAGAAGUAGAUAGGUAUGAUAAGAACUUGAUCUCAGCACAGAGCUGGGGCAUCAGGAAAGGUCUAAUUAUGGGUUUCUUCACCGGAUACAUGUGGUUCAUCAUCUUCCUCUGCUACGCACUCGCUUUCUGGUACGGCUCCGGUCUGGUGGUAGACACCAAGGAGUACACGCCGGGAACUCUGCUGCAGGUGUUCUUUGGCGUUUUGAUCGCAGCAAUGAAUUUGGGCCAGGCCUCUCCGUGUCUGGAGGCGUUUGCUUCAGGCAGGGGCGCCGCCACCACCAUCUUUGAGACCAUAGAGAGGGAGCCAGAGAUCGACUGUUUCUCAGAGGCGGGAUAUAAACUUGACAAGGUGAAAGGGGACAUCGAGUUCCACAACGUGACCUUUUAUUACCCCGCCAGGCCCGAAGUAAAGAUUUUGGACCAGCUCAGCAUGGUGGUGAGGCCCGGGGAGACGACGGCCAUCGUGGGACCGAGCGGAGCCGGAAAAAGCACCGCCGUUCAGCUCAUCCAGCGAUUCUACGACCCUAAAGAGGGCAUGGUGACGCUGGACGGUCACGACGUCAGGGGCCUCAACAUCAAAUGGCUGCGCUCGCUCAUCGGCGUCGUGGAGCAGGAGCCCGUGCUCUUCGCCACCACCAUCGCCGAGAACAUCCGCUACGGUCGCCCCGGCGUCACCAUGGACGACGUCAUCGCGGCCGCCAAGCAAGCCAACGCCUACAGCUUCAUCAUGGACCUGCCACAGAAAUUUGACACCCUGGUCGGGGAGGGCGGAGGUCAGAUGAGUGGCGGGCAGAAACAGCGCAUCGCCAUCGCACGGGCGCUGGUCAGGAACCCCCGUAUCCUCCUGCUGGACAUGGCCACCUCCGCCCUGGACAACGAAAGCGAGGCCGUGGUUCAGGAGGCCCUGGACAAAGUACGUCUGGGCCGCACCACCAUCUCCAUCGCCCACCGGCUGUCCACCAUAAAGAACGCCGAUGUGAUCGUGGGCUUCGAGCGGGGCCGGGCCGUCGAGAGGGGCAAACACGAUGAGCUGCUGGAGAGGAAGGGGGUAUACUUCACCCUGGUCACCCUGCAGAGCCAGGGAGACAAGGCCCUCAACGAGAUGGCUCAGAAAAUGGCUGACCAAGAGGAGCCCCCAGAGAAGUUAAGUGUGUCCAGAGCGGGAAGCUACCGUGCCAGCUUCAGGGCCUCCAUCCGCCAGCGGUCCCGCUCCCAACUGUCGAACCUGAUCCCCGAGUCCUCUGUCCCCAUUGCCGGAGAACUCGGCCCUCGGGCCUACUCUGUUUCGCAAGGAGACAAAACCAAGGAUGCCAUUCCGGAGGAAGAGGAGGAGCCCGUCGAGCCCGCUCCUGUUGCCAGGAUCCUCAAGUACAAUCUGCCGGAGUGGCCCUACAUGCUGUUUGGCUCCAUUGGAGCGGCAAUUAAUGGAGGGGUUAAUCCUGUCUAUUCUCUGCUAUUCAGUCAGAUACUGGCGACUUUCACCAUUUCAGAUCCUGUGGCCCAGAGGAAGGAGAUUGAUGGCAUCUGUCUGUUCUUUGUCAUCGUUGGCCUGACCUCUUUCUUCACUCAGAUGCUGCAGGGCUAUGCCUUUUCCAAGUCGGGAGAGCUGCUGACUCGCCGGUUGCGGAGGCUGGGAUUCCACGCCAUGCUGGGCCAGGAGAUCGGCUGGUUCGACGAUCACAGGAACAGCCCCGGAGCGCUCACCACGCGCCUGGCCACAGACGCCUCACAGGUCCAGGGGGCCACGGGCUCCCAGAUCGGCAUGAUCGUCAACUCCCUGACCAACAUUGGCGUGGCGGUAAUCAUCUCCUUCUACUUCAGCUGGAAGCUCACGCUGGUCAUCAUGUGUUUCCUGCCCUUCAUAGCUCUGUCAGGGGGCCUCCAGGCGAAGAUGCUCACAGGCUUCGCCAAGCAGGACAAGCAGGCCAUGGAGGCUGCAGGACAGAUAUCAGGGGAGGCCUUGAACAACAUCAGGACCAUCGCUGGGUUGGGGAAAGAACAGAGUUUUGUGGAGAUGUACGAGGCCCAGCUGGAGGCUCCAUACCGUGCAGCCUUGCAGAAGGCUAACGUGUACGGAGUAUGCUACGGCUUCGCCCAGUGUGUGGUCUUCUUGGCCAAUUCUGCCUCCUACAGGUUUGGAGGUUACCUGGUACGACAGGAGGGGCUCCACUUCAGUCUGGUGUUCAGGGUCAUCUCAGCCAUUGUGACUAGUGGAACGGCCCUCGGCAGAGCCUCCUCCUACACCCCCGACUACGCCAAGGCAAAGAUUUCCGCCGCCCGUCUCUUCCAGCUCCUUGACCGCGUGCCAAAGAUCAGAGUCUACAGCGACGAGGGAGACAAAUGGGCUGGCUUCCGGGGGGACAUUGAGUUCAUCGACUGUAAGUUCACCUACCCCACCAGGCCGGACAUCCAGGUCCUGAAUGGACUGAAUGUGUCGGUGAAGCCCGGUCAGACGCUGGCCUUCGUGGGCAGCAGCGGCUGUGGGAAAAGUACCAGUGUCCAGCUGCUGGAGAGGUUCUAUGAUCCCGACCGUGGCAAAGUGCUGAUUGACGGCCACAACUCCACCCGUGUCAACGUCCCCUUCUUGCGCUCCAAGAUCGGCAUCGUGUCCCAGGAGCCCAUCCUGUUCGACUGCAGCAUUGCCGACAACAUCAAAUACGGCGACAACACGCGGGAAAUCAGCAUGAGCGACGUCAUCUCCGCCGCCAAGAAAGCCCAGCUUCACGACUUCGUCAUGGCCCUUCCGGAGAAAUACGACACCAACGUCGGCGCCCAGGGCUCUCAGCUGUCCCGUGGUCAGAAACAGCGCAUUGCCAUUGCCAGGGCCAUCAUACGCGACCCCAAAAUCCUGCUCCUGGACGAGGCGACCUCCGCCCUGGACACGGAGAGCGAGAAGACUGUGCAAGAGGCCCUCGACAAAGCCCGGGAAGGCCGAACGUGCAUCGUUAUCGCCCACCGGCUGUCGACCAUUCAGAACUCCAACAUCAUCGCCGUCAUGUCCAGAGGCUGUGUGAUCGAGAAGGGGACGCACGACGAGCUCAUGGCCCUCAAGGGAGCCUAUUACAAACUGGUCACCACAGGAGCGCCCAUCAGCUAACUGCUGAGGGGGAGCGGCCACUAAUUAGCAAAAGGGGGCUUCGUGGCCUCGAGACAGGAGCGAGGGGGGGGAGCACG